AUGGCCAAGUUCGGUGCUGCCAGUUUUUUCAUGCUCUGGGUGCUGCUGUACGGCGGGGCAGUGGCUCUCGUCAUCCUGAAUACCAAAGUGGACGCAUGGAAGGAAGCUUCCCCUGGAAAUCAAGCACACGCAAUAUCAGUGCUGGUCUGCAUCUGUGUACUUCUUAUAGACAUCACGGAAUGUUUGGCUAAGUCUCUAGUGACAGUCUGUCUCCUCUGUAGUUGCUGCUGGAAAGACAGGUACAAAGAAGAAGAUGCGAGUAAUGUUAUGUGCAUCAUAAGCUAUAACUUACUGGCUUACAACAAGAGCCACAUUGAUGAUUGCUAUGCCAAUAUGUACAGAGCAUACAUGGGUAACAUCAGUGAAAACGUGUGUGCUGUUUUGGUGAGCGCCGCAAGAGACAGUGAACUGAAGGAAUACGAGUUACAGUGUCGGGACAGAUACAGGGCUUUGAUAUUCCACGAGCUACAAAUGGAGGGGAGUGCUUUCUUAGAAGAGAACUUCAGCAAAAUACCACUCACCAGGUUUGAAAACCUGUGGGAGGUUAUUGAGAAGAGAUAUGGUUGGUGGUACGUCCAUGACAAUUUGAAUUUCAUUUGUAAACGAUUGUCCUUCGAGUUCAUGUGCGUGCAUCGUGUGAGCAGGGUUCUGAAGAAGUGUGGCCAGUACCAGGAUUUGAUGAUGCUGAAUGAGGGAUACCUUACGGCUUUUACCUACACUGAUCGUGAUCUUUAUGGGAUAUACGCCAGGGACGGGAGCCGGGAGAUGUUUCAGUCUUCAGAGGAUGUCAGGAACAUCUUUGGGCGUGGCUACGAUUACACUCUUGUUAUGGAUGGCGACAGUGAAAUCAAGCCCGGUAAUCUGCAUCGUCUGCUUCGGAUAGCUGCUGGCAACUCGCACAGGACAAUCUUCCAACCAGCAAUAGAGUUUGAUGCCGUCACGUGCCAGGACACGCUGUUCAUGGCUCUUCAAAAGAUACGGCAACAAUUUGCAGCGCCGUAUCUCUCUGUUAUGGGAUCGAUCUUUAACCAGUGUGGAUUCUUUGGGAAGGGUCUUAUUCAUAAUAAAUCUUAUAUUCAAAAGGUCAUCGGGAAAUCCUGUAAUUUAUUGGAAAAAAUACCGAUAAAUGUGCUUAGCCAUGCCACAUACGAGGCGGCAAUUUUGAAACCACUUUACGUGUCCACCGUGUCUUUUGCUGAGAAACCACCGUACAACUACUUAUCAUGGAACAGCCGCGUGAGACGCUGGAACCUCGGUGAUUUGAAAUUAGCUAUGCAUUUCUUCUGUUGUAUUGGAGGGCCAAUCAGAUUGCUCCAAAGGUGUGUCCAGCGGGGCAGAUAUAAACGGACUCGAUUGCGGACCCCCUUGACUAUGGACUUCUGUACUUUUUAUAUUUGUAGCAUCUCCGUCAGAGCCAUGUUCGUCAAACCAAUAUGGUUGAUAUAUCUCAUCCUUCAUGCAACACUCCCCCAUCACAUAUUCAUUGAUCAUUAUUUACCUUUCAUCUUCACCAUAGCAACAAUAACGCUCGUGCCAAAGGUCGCUUCCGUUUUGAAACGGCCGAAAACAAUUCUGUUCCUGAUCCCCGAGAUUUUGGCAUCGAUUAUUCAAUUCACGGCAGAGGUGAUGGUUGGAACUGUCAGACUGGUGAGAAUAUUCGUCGCCCUGUUACAGGAGCGCUAUGAAUGGCUUCCUCAGAGGUUUGUUGAAGAGGAGUUCAGCACAACAACGAACGUCUGCCGGAUAUUCCUCCAGAGCUUCAAGCACCUCUGGGGUUACACUCUCUCGGGUGUGACACUCGCCUGUGCUGUGAUAUCAACAGGUUUUGCUGAAUGGAUAUUAGACAUGCGUGUGCUUCUGUAUUUCAAUAUUGCAACAAUUACUGUCCUGCCUAUUUUCUGUUUCGUGACCUCGCUCAGAUGCGGUAGAGACAUAAGGAAAAGAGGGCCUAAGAAUUUGUACAAGACAACAAUCCAAGAAACACAUGGGUAUGACCCGCAGCGGAAACGUGACGCGGGGGUUACACUUGUGGGUGCAAGGACAAUAGGAAUCGAGAUGACGUACCCAAAAGAAGCCAUGUACAAGCGUGCGUCAAGGUUACAACAGGCGUGGGCAUUUUCUGACAUUGAUGCAUCGAACUCUCGCAAAUUUUCGGUGCACGGACCAGUUACGAGAAGUACUCUAUGUGCUGGUAUUAGCUUGCCUCAUCCGGACUCGGAUAACGACGAUAAAGCUCCAGAUCUCGUCCCAGUCGCUGACCCGGUAGCGUCAUAUGAAAUGUUACCGCGAUGUAAUGCGUGUAGUUUGCGCGGGAAUCCAAUAAGGCUACAUGAAUUAAAGGUUACGGUGAGACCGGUUGCUCCCUCUAGUGCGGGUUCCCUUGAAAGCGGACUCGCUUCCAAUAUCACACAGCAACCAAAUCUUGUUCGUCACCAAAAACUGUCAAAGUACAUGUAUGCGAAUACGAAGGAUCUGUUCUACAUCCCAAGCGCUAUAGAGGAAAUCAAAGCCACGACGAGGGACUUGGAUACAAUCUAUUCAGAGGAAUCAUCAAUACUGUCAACUCUGGGUCCGCAGGAUUACCGCGACCAUCUGAAGUCAAACGAACCUGGUCUGCCCGACGCAGAACGGCGAGGACAAGACGGUGCCUUCACCAAAGAUCCCAAAGACAUCCUUGCCGAGCUCUACGGUAGCGACGCAUUCAACUCGUCACUUUCGUCGUUAGACGGGAGCUUGUUUCGGCAGAGGUACUCCGCUGGCGAGGCUGCACUCAGCCACAGCAGCACUGAGAGCUCGUCACCAAGUAUCUUGGACUCGGAGACAUCGAACUACUCCUCAGAAGAGGAUAAUCAAACCGUCCAAGGCACGUAUUCAACUGAUAUCGAGUCAGAAGAGGAGGUCUCCCAAAUCCUUACUGCCGUGACAGUUCCAAUGCCAGAACUAGAUAAACCAACAACCAAAGAAAACCCCCUUUUCUGCAAUGGUCGCGGCAGUCCAAUGAGACGACCGCUGACAACUGACAGCCUCUCUGAUGCGUUGUCGAUUGAAUCGCCUGGUAGCCACAGCGACUGGGAUCGUAUAAGAGUUUAUACAUCCUAUUCCAGUUUCUCCGAGACGGACUGCGACAGUUUGCGCAGUCGCUCAUCAACCGGAAGUAGUUCAUACAGCCCAUUGUCGUCUGUUCGGAGUUGGCCAUCUCUGAAAGAGAGUACCAGGCGGCGACGCAACAGCGAUUCUCUCGUGACCUCUGCAAGUAACAUUGGAGGCCUGAACAGUAGUCCAAGCGUUUCUAAACGAUUAAACCAUAGGUUGCGUUCCUUUAUUCCAUCUGGGUCUCCUUGGCCGAAGAAGCGGUGUUACAAUCCAUCACUUAUGGCACCAACGAAACAUUUGAAGAGGGAUGGGAGUGGUCGCCCAUUGGGUCAGAUCAGUGACUACAACAACAAGGACAGAUUGUUUGGGAAAGUGGAAAAAAGGGAACGGAUAUUCAAGCAGAUGUAUCUUCCACCCGACACGAGACCUUCUUUAGAGAGGCAGAAGGUUGUCAAAUUUCAACUCGGGACGAUAUGA